AUGUCCUCCAAGGAAUUAGAUAUCGACACCAUCAAACCCGUGCUCAUCGGAGCGGAUGAAGAGGUCGUCGAAGGUGGCUUGGACAAAAUCGAGCUGGAAAAAGAUGAGAUUAUCAAUGAAGAGUUCAGCUAUGAAUCGCACCGCUCUCCAUUUCCUGAAGGCGUGGCUGUCGUUCCCGAGACGGACGAUCCCGAUAUGCCGGUUAAUACGGUGCGGAUGUGGCUCCUAGGCAUUGUGUUCACUAUGCUUGGAUCCGGGAUCAACCAGUUCUUUUCGUUGCGUUAUCCGUCAGUUCAUAUUGUGGCCCUAGUAGCAGAAUUACUUGCCUAUCCGAUCGGAGUGUUCCUGGCCAAGACCCUCCCUCUCACAUCUGUCCGACUCGGGCCUUUGGGUACAUUCGUUGUCAACCCGGACAGGUCGUUUAAUAUCAAAGAGCACGCGCUGAUCGUUAUCAUGAGCAAUGUGUCUUUCGGAUAUGCUUCAGCGGACGCGACAAACAUUAUCCAAGCUGCCAGCAAAAACUUCUACAAUUUCAAUCUCAAACCCGGCUUCUACGUGCUCAUUGUUCUCGUUGCCCAACUUCUCGGAUUUGGUGUCGCAGGUCUCGCAGCUCCAUGGCUCGUCGAACCCGCUCGCAUCAUCUGGCCCGGUGUGUUAUCCAACUGUGCCAUGCUCGAAACAUUGCAUUCGCGAGCGAACACUGUCGCAAACGGAUGGCGCAUAACCCGUCUCCGAUUCUUCAUGUAUGUUAUGACCGGUGCCUUUGUCUGGUACUUUUUCCCAGGUCUUAUAUUCACCGCACUUUCCUAUUUCACUUGGGUCUGCUGGAUCGCACCGAAAAACGUCAUCGUCAAUCAUCUCUUCGGUAUGCAGACGGGUCUCGGUCUGAGUCCAAUUACCUUCGACUGGAGCCAGAUUGCCUAUAACACCAACCCGCUCCUGUCGCCAUCAUGGGCUGCGUUGAAUGUCUUCGCCGGCUUCGCAUUCUUCUACUGGAUUGUCACGCCUGCCCUAUACUACACCAAUACUUGGUUCACGGCUUAUCUCCCACUCAUGACAGCCGACGUUUAUGACAAUACCGGUGCCCCUUACGAUACAGCUCGAGUCAUUUCUGCAGAUAAUACUCUAGAUCAGGCCGCUUAUCGAAAUUACUCGCCUCCCUACCUGAGUGCGACGUUUGCAUUCGUCUAUGGACUUUCAUUCGCUGCCAUCACCUCAGUGCUAUCGCACAUCGCUAUUUGGCAUAGCCGAGACUUGUGGGCUGCUAUGAAGGGUCGGAAUAAGCUGGAUAUUCACGCCCGCCUCAUCCGUGCCUCGUAUCGCCGAACACCCUGGUACUGGUACGCUGGCAUCAUCGUGGUUAUCAUGGCAAUGGCCAUUGCGCUAGUCGAAGUCUAUCACACUAAGCUUCCAGUUUACGGAGUCUUUCUAGCCUUGAUCAUCCCGGUUGUAUACAUGGUCCCAUGCGGUAUUGUGCAGGGCAUUACAAACGUGGAUGCAAAUCAGCUGAACGUUCUGGCUGAGUUCAUUGGUGGAUAUAUGUUCGAAGGAAAGCCACUCGCCAAUAUGAUUUUCAAGAUCAUUUCCACCGAUGUCGUCGGACAGGGGGUUUACUUCGCUAUGGACAUGAAACUAGCUCACUAUUUGAAAGUGCCGCCGCGUACUUGUUUCGUAGCGCAGUUUGUUGCCACUAUCCUAGGCGCACUCACUCAGGCGGGUGUGACGCUUUGGAUGCUUGGUAAUAUUUCGGGGAUUUGCGAGUCUGACCAAGCGGAUGGAUUUACUUGUCCAAAUGGCCGGACUGUCUACUCUUCAUCCGUGAUUUGGGGUCUUGUCGGGCCUCGCCGGCUCUACUCUGUGGGCGAAAUCUAUUCUCCUCUGUUGCACUUUUUCUGGAUCGGUGCUAUCGCUCCAGUUGUGACUUUCCUUCUGUAUCGUUAUACUAGACGCCAGUUUUGGAAGUACAUCAACUGGCCACUGAUAUUUGUUGGAACUUACAACGUCCCACCUGCCACUGGAAUCAAUUAUUCAAGCUGGGCACUGGUCAACUUUGCCUUCAACUACUUCAUUAAACGGAAGUUCUUUGCUUGGUGGACCAAGUACAAUUAUAUCUUGGCAGCCGCACUCGAUACAGGGCUUGCCAUUAGUGGCAUUGUUAUUUUCUUUUGCAUCUCAUACCCUGGUGCCACUUUCCCUGACUGGUGGGGGAAUAAUGUGUACCUCAAUACUGCUGAUGCCCAGGGUGUAGCGUACAAGUCGAUGCCAGAUGUUGGGUACUUUGGGCCUCCUAAUGGGACGUGGACUUGA